AUGGACGAGUCAGUGUUCUACAUUGCGGAAGGUGAUCCUAACGACAAACAUUCGCAAGAAUCGUUUGCUUUGGCCACUUCCAUACAUAAUUCGCAACAACAUGCUUCAUUUAGACAAGCAGACGCUCCUAAAAAUGGUGCAAUUUUGAGUGGAUCUGGCCAGGGUGAAAGACUCAUUGUAGCUGCACCCAACAAGGCUCUUCUCAAUGUUUAUUCAUGGGGAAAAGAGAGCCCCGACCAGAGGAUCCCUUUGCCCGAAGCCUUGACAUGCUUAGCAUUGGUAGAACACCCUAAUACCCGACUUUUCAGUGAGUUCCAUAGAAAUUCCGAGUUCAAGUUACCCAGCUAUCGUGUUCCUUGGUUAUUGGCUGGAGGCUCCAAGUCCGGUAAGAUUUACGUGUGGGAACUUUCGUCGGGAAGUUUGUUGUGUGUGAAAGAAGCUCAUUAUCAAAAUGUAACCGUAGUUAAGUUUUCUAAGUGUGGAACCUUUUUGGUAGCAGGAUCUGACGAUGCCAGAUGUACCGUGUGGAAAACGCUUGAUUUGAUUGCAGUUUUUGAUGGAGACAAUGACGAAUCGUCGCGAAACUUCAAACCAUACCUCGCGAUUACCGAUAAUACACUUGCUGUCACUGAUUUGGUAUUGAAUGAGCCAGGUGUGAUCAACGACUUGAAAUUGUACACUGUCUCUCGUGACAAUACUCUUCGUAUCUACGACAUUAUAACCAAACAGUUGUUGACUACAUUCAUCUUGUCUGAAGCCAUUGAAAGUGUAGUUGCGGACCCUGCUGGUAGAGCUGUCUAUGUUGGUUUAUCCAACGGUCUAAUCAGAACCAUUCCUCUCUAUAAUAUCAACCCAAAUACGUCUGUGUUGGAAAGCAUUGGAGGAAACCAGAAGAUCAUCACAGUAGAAAGUGACCCCAACUUGAAAUUUACCUUCCUCCACCACCAACAGCGUAUCAGUGCUGAUGCAAACAAGACCUCUAUUUUACACAAGAAUUUGAAUAAUAAGAAGAACGAUACCGAAAACGCCAACAAGCCUAUACAUGUCACAAAGUUGGCCAUUUCCCUCGAUGGAACCAACUUGAUUUCGGGAGAUUCCUUGGGCAGAGUAUAUGUUUCUGACAUAGUCACCAGACAAGUCGUUAAGACAUUCACUCCUUGCAACUCGCCUAUCUCACAAAUUCAAGUUUCGUCUGCACCAUUUGAAGCACUCAAUGUUUCCAGUAAUAGCAAAGUCGACAAAAAGCACAGACUUAUUCCGCAGUUGAAGAGAGUGUUAACUGGACGUGAUGCUACCGAGCACCAAUUGAACUUAGAAAUACCGAGUGAAAGUCGUGAUGAAAGUGACGAAAACUUCGCUGUAUGGCUUCUGCGUAAAACCCAGGAAGACCUUGAGUUUAAGAACUUGUCAGGAGUUAACUCUUCUGUUAAAAAGGUCGCAAACAUCACUAGUGAUUCUGAGUCCAAAAAGGAAUUAGAAGAUAAGUUGGCUAAAUUGUCGCUGGCUUAUACCCAGUUGAGAUCCAAACACGAGGAAUUACUCAAAGAGCAUUCGAAGGUGCUCAACAAUAAGGCAUAG